GUUCUUUGUUGAUAUAUUUUCCCGUUCCAAUCCCCUUGCUGGAGUUUGUAUCCGCUCGAAGAGAUACUGGAGUUAACCUUCUAUCAUUUGGUGCUUCCAUUGAGAGAUGACAACACCCCUACCUGAUCCGAAUUCGGCGGCAGCCCUAGCGGCAGCCAUGGAGAAGCGGCUCUCGGAGAUGUUUCAAGAGUUCUCUGAGAUUCAAAAAGGGGCUAUUCACCAGGAAAUUGUAUCCGUCCACAAGAAGAUCGGUUCCUUAAGCAACCGAGUAGAUCGAGUGGAGGGAAAUCAUCCUAAUCUUGAGGAAACUUCAUACAAACAUCACGAAAAAUCAGGGACAUAUGGAGACGGAUCAAACACGCCCAGAUAUCCGAGGUUCAAGAUGGAUCCACCCGUUACGGAUGGUUCUGAUCCACACACAUGGUUGUUCAAAGCCACAGAAUUCUUUGAGUUCAAUGCCAUUCCGGAGGAGGGGCGCUUGAAAGUAACUGGACUGAUGCUCGACGGUGCUGCAGUGGAAUGGUUUAGGAGGAUGAAGCGAAACGACUUGAUUAAUACUUGGGCUGAUUUCGAAGAACAAUUCAAGUUUCGAUUUGAUCCUGAGAUGUAUGAGGAUUACUUUGGUUUGUUAGCCAAGCUACAGCAAACGACUACCCUUAUGGCCUAUCAGACAGAAUUUGAGAGAUUGAUGAACAAAGUCGAGGGAGUUACAGAGGCAACCUUAAUCUCAGUUUUCAUCUCUGGUCUGAAGGACCCCGUCCGCAGAGAGCUACGAGUGAACCGUCCCUCUACUUUGAAUGGGGCUUUUGCUCUGGCUCGAGAAACAGCCGCUAAAUAUGAGGAACUCCAGGCCCCCACUCGUAAGAAUUGGGCUCCGACCUAUCCCAAGCCCACUAGUAACCCCACUCCAGCCCCAACGAAAACCAUCACCCCCUAUAUACCACCAAACAAGGAACCAAUCUUGGUCACUCCCAGAGGUAUUCCAGCAAAACCGGUUCGGCGAAUUUCUCCGGCAGAGAAAGCAGAGAAGGAUGCACGUGGAGAGUGCUAUUUUUGCCCCCAGAAAUGGUCUCGCGGGCACCGCUGUAACGGCCGUUAUUACUUGCUUGUGACAAAUGAGGACGAUGAGGAGGGAACUGAGAUCACGGAGGAACAUGAAGCCUUGUUCGAAGGAGACGUCUCAGUUCUACAGAGUUUGGCAGGAUCCACGACCCCAAGGUCGAUCCGACUCAAGGCUGAGAUCAAAGGCCAAAUUGUGGAUGUCCUGGUGGAUGGGGGAAGUACACAUAACUUCAUCCAUCCAAAGACGGCGGAACGAUUACAAUUGGCGUUGGUGAACAUUGAAGCCUUCAGGGUAUAUGUGGGAAACGGAGACUCCCUUACGUGCCAAGCUCAAUGCCCCCAAGUGCCGUUGCUGAUCCAGAAUAACAACUUCAGUGUGGAUUUGUUCGUUUUAGCGAUUCACGGCCAUGAUGUGGUCUUGGGAACGGACCCGUUCGGCGAGAAAAGCACCGGCAAGGUGAGACAUAGACAGAGGUUGAUAAUAUGGACCCCAUAUUUUUCCUGGAUGUUUUCACAGUUCUCAUCGUCUACUAUUCAUCUACAGCUGACCCUUCACUCCCUUUUCCUCCACCUCGAUCAGGACUGUUUACUGAGAACGAUAAUAAACAAGCGGAAGCAGGAGCGAUGCAUCACCCCGAAACUCAUAUUCAUGAGAGCGGGCCAGGACGAUGCAACGCCAUUUGAGAAUUUCCUUAUAGAGGAACAAGAUGUAGAAGCCUAGAAGGGAAUGGGUUCACGAGCAUCAUGGGCUUUGUGUCCUUCCUUGAAGAAAUCCAUCAGGGUGUACGUGUUAGAGUACAUGAAAUGAAGUGAUGCAAGUCGGAGAAAGGAUAUACGUUCUGCUUAAUUUUGAGUGGUCUCUGUCAAGCAACAUAUAUCGGUCUCCAACGAGCUACCAACACUGUCGACACGAGUCACCCCCCCAUGAGGGGAAAUAUCAGAAAAUAUCACUCCUAACUCUCUGCAAAUUCUCUGAAAAUUCUCUGCAAAUUCUUAUUUCCUUUGUUGAGCAAAAUCUGUGCGGUUCCUUCCGGCUUCUGUGGGUGCGCACAAAGGCCGGCUUCCGUGUUAUCCUUGGGGGACGACGCCUUUGAUCAACCGCACCGGUGAAGGCGAAAUCGUUUCUAAGGCAGUGGCAUUGAUCCACGACACGGUGCUUCACUCUUUCUAUUUUUGUUUAAAUUUCAGGCGGAAGAAGAAAUCCUUGGCAGGAGCACAAGAGGAGACCGGCAGUACCAAACCAACACGGUGGACUUGUUUCUAGUCAUCUCUAUAUAGCUUUGUGACUAAAGCAUGUUGAAUGUG